CAGACAAUCAGUCAGGAGGACCAGAGUCCCAGCGGCAGUUUUGGAGACUCUGAGCGGGGAAAAACUGUGUCCAAUACGGGAGAACUCAGAAGGGGGAAUCCGACAUGAGUUGGGGAACGGAGCUCUGGGACCAGUUUGAAAAUCUGGACAAACACACUCAGUGGGGGAUCGAUUUUCUGGAGCGCUACGCAAAGUUUGUCAAGGAGAGGCUGGACAUUGAGCAAAACUACGCCAAGCAGCUACGGAACUUGGUGAAGAAAUACUGUCCAAAACGCUCUAAGGAUGAAGAGCCGAGGUUCACAUCAUGUCUGUCGUUCUACUCCAUUCUGAAUGAACUCAACGACUAUGCUGGUCAGAGGGAGGUGGUGGCAGAGGAGAUGACUCACAAGGUGUAUGGAGAGCUGAUGAGGUACAGCCAAGACCUCAAAGCUGAAAGGAAGCACCAUCUACAGGAGGGCAGGAAGGCCCAGCAGUAUUUGGAUCAUUGCUGGAAACAGAUGGACAAUAGUAAAAGGAAGUUUGAGAGAGAGUGUAAGGAAGCAGAGAAAUCCCAGGUGACCUAUGAUCGGUUAGAUAAUGACAUCAACGCCACCAAAUCAGAAGUGGAGAAGGCCAAAGCCCAGUUCUACCUACGGACUCACAUGGCUGAUGAGAGUAAGAACGAGUACGCUGCUCAGCUACAGAACUUCAACGCUGAGCAGUGGAAACAUUUCAACAAUGCCAUACCACACAUCUUCAAGAAUCUGCAGGACAUGGACGAACGUCGGACAGUGAAGCUUAGUGAGACAUACCGGAGUUUUGCUGAGGCGGAGCGGAGAGUCAUUCCCAUCAUCUCCAAAUGUCUAGAUGGAAUGGUAGCUGCCGCAAAAUCUGUCGAUCAGCGAAAGGAUUCGACAAUUGUGGUGGAGUCAUUUAAGUCUGGCUUUGAACCUCCGGGCGACUUUCCCUUCGAAGACUUCAGCCAGAACCUGAGCAGAACGGGUUCAGAUGGGACCAUCAGCAACACACCCAAAGGAGAUCGAGACAGAGAUGGGGCCCCGGGGCCACGAUCCGACCCAAAACACCCUAUGAGCAGAACCAAGAACAAGCUUUGGCUGUUUGGGAAGAAACCAAAGUCCCCUUCCUCCUCUCCUCCUCCACCACCUUCCUCCUCCUCCCGUCCCCGGCCCACCUCCCAACUGUUCCCUCCACCCCGGUUCAGUUCUGAUCUUGUGAGCCACUAUCUGUCUGAGAUAAAGACUACAGUACCCAGAAUCCCCCAGAAUUUGAGGGUCCUGAGGAGAGGGGCCCCGUCUCUGGAGGAUUUUAGUCACUUACCCCCCGAGCAGAGGAGGAAGAGGCUGCAGCAGAGAAUUGAUGAACUCAGCAAAGAGCUCCAGAAAGAGAUGGAUCAGAGAGAUGCUCUGAACAAGAUGAAGGAUGUGUAUGAGAAAAAUCCACAGAUGGGAGACCCCAGCAGCCUGCAACCUAAAAUAUCAGAGACCAUUUGUAACAUGGAGAAACUGCGCUCGGAAAUCCAUAAAAAUGAGACUUGGUUAUCUGAGGUGGAGGGAAAGCAGAGCUCCAGAGGAGACAGAAGACACAGUGCUGACAACCACCAUCACACUCCUCAAGGCAGAGAAAGUCCUGAGGGCAGUUACACAGACGACACCAGCCAGGAGCAUCACACGCCUCACCAGCGCUCCGGUCCUCCACAGCCCGGACACCCGAACCCCGACCCUCAUGAGUUUGAUGAUGAAUUUGAUGACGAUGACCCGUUGCCUGUCAUUGGACACUGCAAAGCGCUAUACUCCUUUGAUGGUCAGAACGAGGGGACGCUAGUGAUGGCAGAAGAUGAGGUGUUGUACAUCAUCGAGGAGGAUAAAGGCGACGGCUGGACGAGGGCGAGGAAGCAGAGCGGAGAGGAGGGCUACGUUCCCACCUCCUACGUAGAAAUCACCCUGGAGAAAAACAGCAAAGGUUCCUGAGGGCUGCAGGGUGGCCGGGCGAUUUGAUUGGCUGGUGGAGGGCUCACGCUGAUUGCUGAUAGUUGGUGGUGGGGAUGCCUGAAAAAGAGAGAAACAGGGGGAAAGAGAGAGGUAGAGAGGGAAAGGGAGGUGAAGUGGGCUGGGAGGCAGGUUUGCAUGUCUGCAUGCUCACAUAUCCACGAUCAGCAAAGCAUUUUGGGUUCUAGAGGAGGUAGGGAGGCUCAUACUGUACGUAGAAGAGAUGAUCCCAAAACCAUAAACAGGAAAUAUAUUUAUUCUUUAAUCUUAAGGUAGGAUCCUAACCAGUACCCACAGGAGAUGUCCCACCCUGAACUGUAGGUUUCUGCUGCUCUUAAGACAGAUUGUCUUAAGCGCAGCAGAACAUGAAACCGAAAAGACCUUUCAGACCGGGAAGUGACAACUGCAACAGCAUACGCUCAGUUGUCAGUUUAUGAGGUACACCUAAGUUAAACUAAUACAACAAUCAUGCCAUAAAUCCAAACUUCACGAAGGUUAUAAUGUUCAGUUUUUGUAGAAGGGUGUUGAUUCAACUCUGUGAUCAUUGGAAACUUAAAAAAAAGGCUGACUGGGUUAACUAAAACAGAUGGAGGGAUCUAUCGGGCUGACAUUUAUUUUGCCAUGUAAUUUUUUUCAUGUCCGAGAAAUGGAUAAUUUUAAAUAAAAUAGCAUUUCAAAACAAAUUCCACUUUAACAGCUAGCCUCGACUAAACCUACAUGUACUUACUAUUCUUCUCCCCUAACUGCUUCCUGAAAUUGAAGUAUUUAAAUUAAAUGUUGACAACAUUUGUUCAACAGUACCACAAAUUACAUCUUCCAUAGUUAUCAUGGAGUUGAAGAAACACCUUCUGAAACAUUUUCAGCAAAAUCUAUACAUUAUAACCUGCAAGACAGUUAUCUUAGACUGCAUGCAUUUUAGCCGGGUGCACCUAGUGAACUGCCAACAGAGUGUAUAUAUACAGUGGGUUUUACCAGAAUCACACAGUUAGCAUCUUUUUUUAUUUGCAUCCAGUUGCAAGCAGCGAAAAUGUGGAAAAUCUGUGCUUGUUCACAUAGACGACAGCCACAUUCCCUCUCCUCUGCUGCUGGACUGCAAAACUAAACUACUACUGUGUUUUUAUGAAAAUGGCCAUGAGCAGCAGCCUGAACCUUCCCGGACUGUAAUGGCCUGAAGAGGUGGGGCUUGUUUGAUGGGCACACAUCUGAAACAGGUUUGUUUAAGAGCAAAUCAGAGGGGAAAUACCUGAAGUUGAACUCUCUGUGGGUUAAAACAUUAAAGGAUUUUGCACUUUAAGCCACAUUCUAACUGAUGAUGUUAGGAGGUGUUUCUACUUUUGACCAUAAAUACAAUAGAAAACUUCUGCUACAUUACGACCACACUGAUUGGGAUGUGGCUCAAAACAAGUCAUACAUGUGUGCUUGAAGGUUUCAUCUCACAGACAGUAGUCCAGCAGCAGCCUUUCCUGUCUGAUUUGAUGCAGAUUUAUCCUUUAAUGACUAUCAGCAGCAUUUCCCAACUUCACUGAUUCACUGUUUGCUUUGUGCUUGUAUGGAAUAGCUUACCUUUUAUAAAUUAAAGUAAGUCUUUUCUCUGUAGGCGCUGGCUAAGGUGUUGUAGGACAAGUUUCUCUAAGUCUUUUGAAAUAACUAUCAUUAAAACUUAUUUUGUUGGGAUUUUUCUGUCAAAUGAAGGAGCUCUAUAAUCCAUAAAAUAGCUUUCUAACAAGAAAUUCUAAUCACAGGGUCGACUUAUUUGGUGAAGACGGUGAUGACAUAAUAUCCCAGCAACUCUGUCCACUGAGAAAGGUCAUCUGUGUGGCUGAAAGCUUUGCAAACACCAAGUAAAUGGACCUUGUGAUGAGAAUUUCCUAUCAAACUGUUAUUUUCAAGUGGAAACCUUCCAAAUCAAAGCAUGCCAGCUUACAUCUUUGAGCUGGUGCUUUUUAGUGAAGAUUUCUCAGUUCUCUCCUGCCAUAAAUUAUUUAAAUAAUUUCUCACCAUUUCCUAAUUUGUUUUCCACUUGCCAUAUUUCCUUAAAUCAGACUCCCAACACAUAAACGCCCCCCCCCCGCCGCCAACUUUUAGUCCAGCUCUUCCUGAGAAAACCUGUUGAUUUCAAACUCAGAAUACCAGAGCUUAUUAACAUACAGGGUCAGGUAUUUGCUUACAGUAUUUGCUGCCACUAACAAUAUCAGUUCUGCACUACUCCAACUCACUCCUGUCAUCAUCGUCAUCAUUAUCUGUGCUCUGUUGGUGAUGUCUGCCUGCCUGAGCCACUCUGCUCCUCAUGCCUGCCCUCACCCUCAUACAGUCGCAUGUUUUUAACGUGUCGUUUUUGUCUCCCAAACAUAAUCAGGUGACUUUAACUGCAACUUUGAACUUUGUUGUACGUUGAAUGCCAUAUCGUCAUGGUGUGUUCAUGGACUUCCAGCAUGAGUAUGAUUUAUUUAUCUUUGUUUAAUGUCUCUCAAACAUCGUCUGGGUAAAAUCAGAGGUACUCAUUAGGCAGAUAGCAGGACUAUCAGGAGAAAACAGGAUCUCUCUUCCCCUCUCCUCCUUUUUUUUCUUUCUUUUCCCACCUUUCCUCUUCUCUCCCUUGGUUGUAAGUCCACCAGUCGACCAGCAGAUGGCAGCCUUUCUUCACCUAACCACCGCUCAGUUCGAGCCGGACUGGGCCACUCUGAUUAACACCAAACAAAUAAGAGGAGCUCGGGUGCCGUUGUGGUCAGACUCUGCCUUAAAACUUCAUGUUGUUUUACUGUGGAGGGAUUUUUCCACACAUGCACAUCUGGAUGGGUCUGCUCUUCAGCCCAACAACAUCUCCCAUCAGCCACCUGGGCUCAUCCCUCGCCUCUGUGGAGGGGUGAACUGCAUUUCCAUGAAAAGUUUUUUCCCAUUUAAUCAGUUGUAUUUGUGAAUGUGACGACACGCACGCAUGUGUCAACCACAUGUACGCGCAGGUGUGGAAAACCAAACAGGCCAGAUUUAGCCUGUUUGGCUUUCCAUGCACAGUAACAUGUAAAAGUGUGUACAUGUGUUACAUGCGUGACGUUAGUUUUUACCAUUGAAUGAUUUGUAUAUAUUAACAUCUCUUAUGUCAUGCUGAAUGUGUUUCCAUGGUGACUGUUUUUUAGGUUUGUUCGAUUGACACUCUUCAUGAGAGACAACAAGGUUUGAAUUGAACCGAUGCACUUUGCCCUGAAGUACCACAGCAUUUGAAUCUGAUUAAAUGAACGAGUGAAUAAAUGAAUGAACGAAUGACUGAAGGUCUGUGUUGUCUGCUGAGAGAGGCGUGAUCUUUAUGAAUGACCACUGUGUAGCAGCGAGAAACAAAAGCAGCACUAGUAAUUUUCUCUUAAAUGGUUUUUCUACUCUUUUUGUAACACUUGACGAGCAAUGAGCAACUUCUUUUGCAUGAUUUUCUAGAUUCUUUGAAUUCAUUCGUCUCUCUGAUGAUUUGAUUUUUUUUUUUUUUUGUUAACCACUUGCUGUAUCUGUUCGAUAGUCUAACAAAAUUACACGACUCAUGCAGAGUUAGACUUCCUUUUGAUGCUAUUUAAGACAAAAAUGCCACUAACAAUUCUCCCAUCACGAUAACCUGAACAGCAGGUGGGCACGCCUUACUUUCAAUCUGUGUUUCUUUGAUGAAGCUGUGAAAUGUACAGAAUGAUGCUGUAGAUGUUGUUACUUGAACUUUCCCCGGUCACACUACUCUGCAUUUCCUCUACUAUCUAUGAUCGCUUUGUAUUGGACAUUAAAGGGGUAUAUCAGCAAGUUUAAUAUUUCACAAGUUCAGAGACAGAGUCAAACAAAAACAGCAGAGGCUGAGAUGUUCUCACUUUUUCUCACUAAUUUGACUCAUAAUCCAUAAAUGUUGGAUCUUACGUUUCACAUAAUGCAGCUUAACAGCCUCUUUAAUUACAUUCUCCUUGCUUGUUAAAUGCCCAUAUUUUUCAAAGCUCCUCCAGAGCUACAGAACAUAAUAUACAACUGUUUUCAUUGGCUGAACAGGACUGAAUUUUGAUACAUAAAAUUUGUCAGAGUGCCCCUUUAAGAGUCCUUUUCCACUGAUUUGGAUUUAAGUUGUUUGGGGACGCAAGAUGGUGCAAAUGAAAGUAACCCAUCAGUUUCUGCAGUUCUGUCAGUUUUUGCUUUUUAUGAUGAUGCCUUGUGAACAAGUACAAAGACCCAUCAUUACUUUUUGUUUUGUGUACAUAUCCUGUCUCAUAGGGCUCCAGCUAACGAUUAUUCUCAUUAUCAGUUAAUCUUCCCAUUAUUUUCUCAAUCGAUUAAUCAUUGUCUUUGAAAUGUCAGAAAAAUUGUUAAAAAGCAUGUUAUAAUUUUCCAGAACCCGAGGUGACGUCUUCAGGUGACUUGUUUUGUCUGAUUAACUGUCAAAAACCCAAAGAUAGUCAGUUUACUUUCAUAUAAGACAAAUGAAAACAUCAAAUCCUCACAUUUUAGAAGCUGUAACCAGCAAAUGUUUGACAUUCUUGCUUAUAAAAUAACAAAAAAGAGUAUUCACCUAUCAAAGCAGUUACUGAUUAAUCUUCUGACAAUUGACUAAUCGAUUAAUGAUCAUUGCAGUUCUGAUGUUAUGGUUUUCCAAACAAGGACAAGCUUUUUGGAAACUGUGUCAUGAAAUAGCAAAAUGUGUUUAGUCAGGUGUUGCAUAAUAGAUUUGUUUUGUUCCAGUGGCAAUGCAGUCAUACUGUUUGACUUUUAGUUUGUUAAGUUUAUAAAAUAGUAAAUUAUAACUAUCAAAUCCCGAGUCCAAGCUGAUGUCUUCCAGUAGUUUGUUUUGUGCUAGAAACAGUCCAAAACCCAAAGAUAUUCAGUUAACAAUGAUAUAAAAUAGAGAAAAACUGUGAAUCCUUGCAUUUAAGAAGCUGGAACAAGUGAAUGUUUGGCAUAUUUUCGUGAAUAAUGAUUAACUUAUUGUCAAAAUGGAGAUAAACCGAUUGUUUCAGAACUAAAACCAAUUCCCUGCUUAUAACUGCAAUUGUAAAUGUGCACCCAGACACAGGCAGAGAGAAUAAUCCUCUGAUGAUGACAUGAGGCUGAACAGGAGGACUUGCAUCUUUUGCAUGUUAAAUGAGUGUUUAUGUUGCUGUCUGCAGGGCAUUUAAAAUUCAGUCUAUCAUGUAAACUCUUAAACAGACAGUGCACUACAAAUUUGACAGUUUCCUCUUAAAGGGUCUUUCUCUGAGUUGGCUCGAAGGUACGUUUGGAGUGUACUGUCCUUUUAAUCAAAGCUGCAUGAAGUAGCUGGUGAUACAGCAGCUUUGAAAUGAGCAAAAUUUACCAAAAGUCCCAUUAACAGUUCUUUUUUUUUUUUUUUUUUUUUACCAUUAAUAAACCUAUAAAAACUGUGAGCUGUGUAUUAUAAUAGCCACUGUGCUGUAAUCCUGAAUAUUCUGCAAAAACACAUAAUAACAAAUGAGCUUUGAGAUGCUAAAUAUGAUAAAAUUUGCAGUUAAUUCUUGUACAAACAGUUCUUUUCUGAAACCUGCCAAGCUACUGUGAGCGUGCUGCCAUUCAUCAUCCAGCAAAAACCAGACGUGUUCUUCUUCACAUUCCUCUUCUUUUUAAACUGACCUUCGCAUGUGUCCUGUGGAAACUUUGUACCUCUGACAGCCAUGAAAAUAUACUUUUAUCAGCAUCUAAAAAAUAUUUUAGAUGAAAUAUUUACAGUCAAUAAAAACAACAGCGGGUACAAGGUGUUUUAGCAGGAUACCAACAUGUCAAAUCCAUGUAAAUCUGUGUGUUUUUACCAUGUUGUAUAUGUUUUAAUAACCAAUGGCAGUACUUCUUUCCAUAUUGUUGUGCACAUCUUUUUUUUACUUUGAAUGUUGUCGGACACUUUGUGAACAAAAUACAUUUUUUUCUUCUUCUUCCAAGAUAUUGUUCUAAUAAAAUAAGCAGCAACA